UUAGCUAAAACUUGCCUUUAAUGCAGACGUUGACCUAGUGUGCCAGGAGGAUGAUAUGGUGCCUUGCAACGACUCCAGAGGCUGUUACCCUCUCUCCGGGAAAUGUGACGGCCUGAUACAAUGUAACGAUGGAUCGGACGAGCUUCAGUGUUCGUGUUUUGAACGCAUGUAUUCUGCAGGCAAACAUUGCGAUUCGUAUCCAGACUGUCCAGAUUUCUCUGAUGAACGUGGCUGUGAUGGUUGUUCUCCUGGGGAGCUGAGUUGUAAGGAGAAUGGGACUAUCACAUGUGUACCAGAAUCAGCUGUAUGCGAUGGACGUUCAGACUGUGCUGAUAAUUCUGAUGAAAAACUAUGCUCAAGGCUCUCACAGUGGCAAGUUGGUACUUCUCCACUACUUACCUUGUUAGGCGAAGGUUAUAUGGAGGUAAAGAGAGAUGGAUCCUGGCUUCCUCUUUGUGCUGACUUGGAAAUCAAUUAUGCCGAAGUUGUUAUGGAUCACUGUGAUGAAGUGGUCGGAUCAAGACAUGGUGUAGAUAAUCAAAGUUUUCCACCAUUUACUGGAACUGAACCAAUAAUGUGGGUUCACUAUAACGACACGUCCAAAGUUUUCUCGGUUUCAUCCCAGUGUAGCCAAAAUCUACUUUUAUAUGUAAAAUGCUCUGUACCAACCUGUGGAAGUAUCAACGAUGACCGUGUUGAAGGUUUGCGGUCACAUCACAAUCUUGACCGGAUCGUUGGUGGCCGGGAAGCAGAAGCUAAUAUUUGGAGUUUUAUUGUCGGAAUCCUCAGCGACGGCAUAUAUCACUGUGGCGGAACCAUCCUUACGUCAGAGUGGAUUCUUACUGUGUCGCAUUGUUUUUCUGAUUUUUACCUUCAGCGAAAUUUUGAAGUUCAGGCGGGAAUGUAUCGGCGCGGUUCCUGGUCUCCAUUUGAACAGACAUCUGCUGUGUCUCGUGUGAUUCGUCAUCCAGAAUUCAACUCUCUUCUACAGAAUGAUGUGGCACUCCUCAAACUAGAGACGCCUCUUCACCUCAACAGAUGGGUUCGUCCUGUGUGUUUGGCAAGAGACCUUCAGCCAGAGGAGGACAAAUACUGCACUGUAGCAGGAUGGGGAACGCAAAUAGAGGGUGAAAUACAAUCAAAGUCGGAUACCAUGAUGGAAGUUGAUGUUCCAGUCUUAGACAGCUGUCUAAACAGUUUCCCGGAAUAUAGCGACGAGUCUUUAAUAUGCGCUGGAUAUGAGGAAGGCAUGAAAGAUGCUUGUGCAGGAGACUCCGGUGGUCCAUUGAUGUGCUAUGGGGACACGGAAGGCUGGGGUACAAGCUGGGGAUAGUCUCCUUUGGCCGUGGCUGUGCUCGGCCGAAUGAGCCGGGGUCCUAUUCCAGGGUAACCUUCUUUCGCUCAUGGAUAAUUGAAACCUUGGGAAAAAUAGAAGAUAAUGAAAACUUAUCAGCUAUUAACCUCCAAACAAAAUGCCUGGGUUUUCAGUUU